GCAAGGUUGGAAGUGUGUGAGCAGAGAGAGAGAGGAACACACACACAGAGAGAGAGAGAGAGUGAGAGAGAGAAGCAGCAGUGUGUGUGAGGGUGAAGGAUCACUUCUAUCCCGUCUUGUUUUGGGGAGACUAACGUUGUCCGUCUGAGCAUUGUGGGACUGUUUUAUGUUGUUGUUGUCGAGAGAGACGGACCCUUACUCCAGCAUGCUCACUGAGCCUGAGCUACCUCAGGAGUGUAACAGGAUGUCUUCCAAGCGACCAGCCUCUCCAUAUGGGGGGACAGAUGGAGAGGUAACCAUGGCAACCAGCAGACAGCGAGUGGAGGACGACGAAAGCGAGGGACUGGGUGGUGUCAUCCACCUCCCUCUGGCCUCUUACUGCGGCAAGGUGUCCCCUCGCUCGCCCCCGAACCGCCACUUGGACAGCCCCGCUGACAUGGAGCACGACGGCACCAAGGGAAGGUCUCUGAGUCCUUACCACCAGCACAAUGCUACCUCACCGGGCAAGGAGGAGGCCGGAGGCGGGGGGCGGCCCUGCAGCGACGGGGGCUCGGCCGCCGGCACCCUCGGGACCCCCGAGAGACGCAAGGGCAGCCUGGCAGACGUGGUGGACACACUGAAGCAACGCAAGAUGGAGGAGCUGAUCAAGAACGAGCCAGAAGAGGCCCCCAGCAUUGAGAGGCUGUUGUCAAAGGACUGGAAGGAUAAACUUUUGGCCAUGGGCUCAGGGCACAUUGGAGAGAUUAAAGGUACCCCAGACAGCCUGGCGGAGAAAGAGCGCCAGCUCAUGGGCAUGAUCGGUCAGCUGAGCAGCCUGCGGGAGCAGCUCCUAGCGGCCCACGAGGAGCAGAAGAAGUUGGCUGCCUCGCAGAUGGAGAAGCAGAGGCAGCAGAUGGAGCUGGCCAAGCAGCAGCAGGACCAGAUUGCCCGGCAACAGCAGCAGCUUCUGCAGCAGCAACACAAAAUCAACCUCCUGCAGCAACAAAUCCAGCAGGUCCAGGGCCAGCUGCCUCCUCUGAUGAUCCCCGUCUUUCCUCCCGACCAGCGGACCCUGGCGGCCGCCGCGGCCCAGCAGGGCUUCCUGAUGCCGCCCGGCUUCAACUACAAGCCCGGCUGCAGUGACCCGUAUCCCCUCCAGCUCAUCCCCACAACCAUGGCUGCCGCCGCCGCCGCCACGCCGGGCCUCGGACCCCUGCAGCUCCAGACCCCCACAUGCAGAAAAACACACAAGAACGUCCCCUCAGACCAACACGAGCUUUGGGGUUCCCUCUUCUCCGGCAGCGGGUUCUCCACCUCGCCCUCCUUUUCAUGGAUGCAGCUGUACGCCGCUCAGCUGGCGGCCAUGCAGGUGUCCCCGGGGGCCAAGCAGCACGGCGGCAGCCUCCCGCCCCAAGCCAACCUGGGCACACACUCCCCGCCCACCAACACACACCCGCAGAGCGACAAGAUCCGCAGCUCUCCGCCACCAAGCAAGACCAAGGACAGUGAGGGUGCACAGCCACUGAACCUGUCGGCCAAGCCUAAGGCAUCCGAGAGCAAGUCACCCAACUCCCCCCCAACUUCCCCACAGGUCCCCGCUGCUGCCGCUGCCACCACCAAGCUGGGCUCCGCCGGCUCCCUGAAGCACAGCGCCCCCUCCAGCAUUGGAGGACCACCGUCCAGAGUCAAUUCCAUAGCAGACUUGCUGUCGUCGCUGUCCUCAACGGCCUACCUGAACGACCACGAGGCGGUGACCAAGGCCUUCGCCGAGGCCCGGCAGAUGAAGGAGCAGCUCAAGAGGGAGCAGCAGGUCCUCGACGCCAAGGUGGCGGCCGUCAGCAACCUCGGCCUCAACAACGGCCGCUCAGACAAGGACAAAGCUGCCUUGGAGAGUUUGAGUCAGCAGCUGAAGCAGCAGGCCGAGGACAAGUUCAGCCACGCCAUGCUGGACUUCACCAUGAGCGGCGACUCUGACGGCUCCCCCAGCGUGUCGGACUCCAGGAUAUUCCGAGAGUCUCGGGGUCGCAGCGCCAGCGAGCCGCACAUCAAGCGGCCGAUGAACGCCUUCAUGGUUUGGGCUAAAGACGAGAGGCGGAAGAUCCUGCAGGCCUUCCCGGACAUGCACAACUCCAACAUCAGCAAGAUCCUCGGCUCGCGCUGGAAAGCCAUGACCAACCUGGAGAAGCAGCCGUACUACGAGGAGCAGGCCCGGCUCAGCAAGCAGCACCUGGAGAAGUACCCGGACUACAAGUACAAGCCGCGGCCCAAACGCACCUGCCUGGUGGACGGCAAGAAGCUGCGCAUCGGCGAGUACAAGGCCAUCAUGAGGUCCCGCAGGCAGGAGAUGAGACAGUACUUCAGCGUGGGGCAGCAGGGCCAGCUGCCCCUGUCCUCCGCCGGCGUGGUCUACCCCGGCGCCCUCUCCAUGGCCGGCAUGCCGUCCCCCCAGAUGCCCUCCGAGCACUCCAGCAUGUCCAGCAGCCCCGAGCCCAACCCCACCCACCACCAACACCCCCAGAUGCCCGGCCUGAAGGGGGACGAGCCCCGGAUCAAGGAGGAGGAGCUGCGGCUAGACGACAGCAACGGAGACGUGUACGAGGACUUUGACUACGAGGACGAGGAGGCCGACUACACCAGCGACAAUGAGAACCAUAUCGCCCAAUAGGACGGGCCCAUCACUGCUGAUCACCCUCACC